AGUUGGUGGGAGUGGGUGGGGCGGGUGAGAUGGUUGGUCACUGUUGAGGGCUCGUGCACUAUCACGCAUGUACAGGUCCAUGUCCCGUGCUCUGUACAGGUCUGUGGCCCGUGCUUCACGUAUUGACCAACAGAAGUUAUUCAUCACUCAACAUCAAGUUAUGGCUACACAUGACAGAAGGAGAUGACGCACCCUACAGAGGGGGAAAUUAGAGUAUUACAACACAGAUAAAGUAUGGGAAAGAGAAUAUUGUAACAAGUUUUUGUGUACCUUCAUGCAGAAAAUACUACACUAAUAUUGCAGUAUAAUAUUGAAAUAUUGCACUAAUGGAACAAAACAGAAAUAAAGAUGCAAAUGUAGACUCAAAUGCCACUUCAACUAUACCAUUUGUUAUGAUGGAAAAGUGUUUUCAGAGCUCUGACAUGGAAUAUGUUGAACAAUUGGGUAACAGAUACAGCACAGAGAAUAAAAAAUGUGUCAAAAUCAAGACUAAUGAACAGUCAUUAAUAUGUAACAUAUGCCAGUGUGUAACCAGUAGCAGAUACGUUAUGGAUAUCCAUAUGAAUACUCAUACUGGUAAGAAACCAUACAAGUGUACUCUCUGUGGCAUGUGCUAUGCAAACAUGGGAACAUUGUAUCGACAUCGACAGAGACAUGCUAAACUGACAACUUUAACCUGUGGAGAAUGUGAAAAGGGAUUUUACUCCCUUGGGGACUUAAAACGUCAUAUAAAGAGCCAUCAAGGAGUUAAAGAAUUUAUCUGUGAACUUUGUAACAAACAUUUCACUAGAAAAAGUUCCCUUACAAAGCAUAUUUUCACUGUUCAUGAAGAUGAUGAUUGCACUUAUAAGCAGAGUAUGACAAAGAAAAAAGUUCAGUGCCAAGUAUGUAGAUGUUUGUUUCACCCAGACUAUAUAAAAAAACACAUGCGGUGUCACACGGGAGAAAAACCUCAUCGCUGUCCACACUGUAUGAGCAAAUUCCGGGAUUUCAGCACUCUCAGUCAACAUUUAAGAAUACACACAAAUAGUGGCCAGUUUUUAUGUAGAUUCUGUAGGCCUAAUCUUGUAUUUAAUGCAAGAAUUGAAUUAAACAACCAUUAUUCAAAGGUACAUAAGAAAAAGUUACUAAUUAAGGGCUAUAAACCGCCUUCAGGUGAAUUUAGUAAUGUUAACCAAAUAACCAGACCCGCUAAUGUAAAUGAUUACAUUAGUGGGCUCUCUCAGAAGAAAAUGGUGAAUAAGCCUUGUAGUAAUACAAGUGAUAAUUACACAAAAUCAGGAAAUAAAGUCAUGAAAACGAAUCAUGAACCUCCUGAGAAAAAUGUUUUGAAAAGAAAUCUUAGAAUAAGAAAUAAAAAAGUAUCAUAUAAUGAAGAUUAUGAUGAUGACUUACUUUCAGCAUAUGAUUUGAAGACCACUGAAUUUAAAUUGACAAAUUCUAGUUUAACUUUUGAUGAAAACUACAAAAUUGAUGGAGCUAAUAGUAUAGUAGAAAAAUUGGUAAUAAAUGCUAAUAAAUCAGACUCAAAGAGCAUUAUUAUUUCUCAGCAACAUAAAAUAAAUCUAAUAAAGAGUGCUAAAGAACAUAAACCACCCUGGAGCUGUGACAAAACUGUACCUAAAUCGUGCUCAUUAAAUCUCAGAAUUCUUAACACGGAGGAAAUUAAAGUAGAGGAGGAAGUAGUAAAUGAAAAUGGGAUGGAUUGGUGCACCAAAGCGGCAGGUGUGAAGUGCGAGUUUGGGGAUGGUGCAGAGGAAUACAUUGCAUUAGAUAUCAAAGACUUGACAAUUGAAAAGUAUGAGAAAGAAGUUGAAAAUUUGUACAUGAAUAAUGUUAGUAAACAAGAAAUAAUAAAAGUAGAAGUUUCAGAAAAUAAUGUAGGAAAUCAAAUUGAAGAAUAUGUUCUCGAUCAUACUGAUAUUUCACAGCUUCUUAAUGAUGAAGAUUAUUUUUCUGAAGUGUAUGUAUCUGAUAAAGAUAUUGUGUCUGCAGUUCAUGUAAUAUGACAUGAAUAAUUGUUUUAAUUGUAUUCACACAAGUAGUUUUAAACCAAUUUUUUUUAAAAACUCUAUGUAGUAUUGUGUAUUUUUAUAUUGUGUGCUGGGCAGAACCAACCUGUCUGACAAUUUAUGUUACAAUUAUAUGAUAAAUACUUCAGUAUACAAGUCUAUUAUGAUUUGUGCAUAAUAUAUCAGUUGUAAUAAAUAUUAUUACUUA